AGCAGCACCUCUGGAGAACAGGGCAGAAUGCCUGUGCUAGAUCGCUGUUUUAACUCGGCAGAGCUGGGCAGAAGGUGGACUCCACGGGAAGGUCUGCUGCCCUCUUCCAUGGGCAGCGGGCCAGAGUAUCAGCAGGGACCACUGACCUGGGAGCUGCCAGAGAUGAUCAGGAUGGUAAAGCUUGUUUGGAAAUCCAAAAGUGAGCUGCAGGGGACCAAACAAAGAGGGCUUCUGGAAGCUGAAGAUGCUGUCAACAGCUUCUCAGGAGAUGUACGAGUAAGAGGUCAGACAGGGGUUCCUGCAGAACGCCGUGGCUCCUACCCAUUCAUUGAUUUCCGCCUUCUUAACAACACAGCACACUCAGGGGAAAUUGGUACCAAGAAGAAAGUAAAAAGACUACUGAGCUUUCAAAGAUACUUCCAUGUAUCCAGGCUACACCGAGGAGCUAUACCUCAAGCCCCCCUGCACUUCCUGGAUGAAGACUACCUGGGCCAGGCAAGGCAUAUGCUCUCCAAAGUGGGAAUGUGGGAUUUUGACAUCUUCUUAUUUGAUCGCUUGACAAAUGGAAACACUCUGGUCCCAUUGCUGUGCCACCUUUUCAACAUUCAUGGGCUUAUUCAUCAUUUUCAAUUAGACAUGGUGACCUUACACAGGUUCUUAGUUAUGGUUCAAGAAGAUUACCAUAGCCAAAAUCCUUAUCAUAACGCUGUCCACGCAGCUGACGUCACCCAGGCCAUGAACUGCUUUCUAAAGGAGCCUAAGCUCAGUAGCUUCCUCACACCACUGGACAUUAUGCUUGGACUGCUGUCAGCUGUAACCCACGAUUUAGACCACCCAGGGGUGAACCAACUCUUUUUGAUCAAGACUAAUCACCAUCUUUGCAGUUUAUAUCAGAAUAUUUCUGUACUAGAGAAUCACCACUGGCGAUCUGCAAUUUGCAUGCUUCGAGAAUCAAGGCUCUUUGCACAUUUGCCAAAGGAAAUGACACAGGAUAUUGAACAACGGCUGGGUUCCCUCAUUUUGGCCACAGACAUCACCCGGCAGAAAGAAUUCCUGACCCGCUUAGAAAAUCAUCUCAAGAAUCAAGAUUUGAGAUUGGAAGAUGCUCAGAACCGACAUUUUAUUCUUCAGAUUGCGCUGAAGUGUGCUGACAUUUGCAAUCCUUGUAGGAUCUGGGAGGUGAGCAAACAGUGGAGUGAAAGGGUCUGUGAAGAGUUCUACAGGCAAGGUGACCUCGAGCAGAAAUUCAAACUGGAAAUAAGUCCUCUUUGUAAUCAACAGGAGGAUUCUAUUCCUAGUAUACAAAUUGGCUUCAUGACCCAUAUUGCUGAGCCACUCUUCAAGAAAUGGUACCAUUUUACAGAAAGUCCUCUGGGUGAAAAUAUGUUAAGCCAUCUCACAAUCAACAAAGCCAAGUGGAAAAGUAUACAGCAUACACAGCACAGCAGUAACGGUGGCACUAGUGACAGUAAUAGCAACAAGAUCAAUGACCAUGCGGGCCAAGGAACUGAAAACGAGGAGCAGACUGUAAAUGAAGGAGACUCCCCGUAAUAGCAGCCUCGCCCUCUUCCCUUUGGCACUGCGAUCUUCUCUCUGCUAGUCACAGUGAAGUUGGAAAUCUCAGUGUGCACAGGGUCAUCGAGAGCAGGAAAGGAAACAGAAUCUCGAAGGGCGUCCUUGUCACUAAACCCAGACCGCUUCUGGGUUUUGUUCCUGUGCUCUUUUGACCCCGUCCAUCCCCAUUUUUCUAAAUGUAUCAAAGCCAUUUGUUACUUCUGAUCAUUAGCUGCUUGAGUGAGGAACUCCGUUCAAUAAAGUGCUGAGGCUGGUCCCAGGAACAGGCUUCGCAACUAUCAGGGGAAGAUUGGAGAGGAAGGAAAAGGCAUCCUUGGCCACAAACUCCCAUUUGCCCUUGGCCAUACUGUGACAUGCAGCAGUUCAUAGGUCCAGAGCACUGGACGGUUGUUUUUUUUUAAAAUCUGGCUACUGAGCUGCACAAUAAACCACCAGCAAAUAUG